UGCUCUGCCUAUGCAUUUCCAACACAACGUCAAGCAACUGUAAUUCAGUCAAAAGCGAGAUACCGUUUUGAACGGACGAAAAAUCGGCGAUCGUUACUCAAGCGAAACAAGUUGAAAGAUUAUUGAUAAUAAACAAAGUAGAAGCAGAAAUAAAGAAAUGCUAUUUAGAAUUCAUUACAAAACAGAAUAAAGAAAAGAAAUCUAGCGGCAAAUUACGUGUCUGUUUUAAAAUACAUCUUAUUUAAAUUUUCUGUUUUUGUGUGCGUGCAACUGUCCACGAUAAUCUGGUGUUAGUGAAAAAAAAAGAAUAAAAAUAAAAAAUAGAAAAUAGAAAAAAUUCAAUCAAGCACAACAAAAUAACGAUAUGGCAAUAAAAAUCACGAAUUUAUUACAAAUUCAACGUUUACGAGUGUUAAAUAAGUGAAAUUAAAGAUGAAAUAAAGUAAAGAAAAACAACAACAAGUUAAGUAGAUUUGUGAAAAGGUGUAGAAGUGCGGAAAGCAGAAAAAGAGAAAAAGGCAGAAGUCUGAAAAAAAUCGAUGUCAAUACGUGAAUUUCGAAAUUCAAGUGCGAAAUUUUGUGAAAUAUUGAAAUUAACAAAAGAUUCAAAGGCCUAUAAAUAAAAAAAAAUAUAUGUAAUAUAUGUAUGUAAAACACGAAAACGAGGUGAAAAGAGUUGUGACAUAAAAUUUGGAAAUUUCAAAAGUGUUACUAAAUCGAAGAAUAGCAUAAAUAAAUUGCGUUUUGCUAACGGUGGAAAUGGAGUUUGAAAGCAUCCACAAAUUAGUUCAACGCUUGCAGCUGUGAAUUUUUGCAACCACAAAAAAUUAACAAACAUUAUUGGUGCCUUAUCAGUACUAAAGAUCAAGCAACUUCAAGCAGCAACAACAACGAAUAAUACAUAAGUAACCACCAACAAUUCAACUCACGCCAUAGUAACACUGCAGCAAUAUUUGAUACGUUUAAAUGAGUUACAAAAGCAGCAGAGUGAGGCCUUAGCGAUAUCGCAAUACUCGUACAAAACGCUGAUCGCAAUCACAUGCCAUGAUUACAAGAAUAGCAGCGACGUCAAAAGUAUCAUUAGAAACACCUACAUGUAACAGAUCUAAGUCAAGAGCAACAAUGCAACAACAUACGAAAAUAAUAACAAAUUCAACGACCACAUCGAUACCAGCCGGUCAACUGAUCACAAUGCCACAUACAAAAACAAAUCGAACAGCAACAACAAUGCGUCGUUUUUGUUUGGCCGUCUUGCAAGUUUUAGUGCUCGCCUGUGCGCUGCCACCACCACUUCAGCCGCUACUGCCGGUAGCACUUUUGCCACCGCGGUGGUCAUUCGUCGUCGAAGCGUUACCGAUUACCUCGAAACCCAUCGAGGGCACCGCUGAAAAUCUUGCCUGGCAAGCGUGGCUGAUGCUGCCGCCCGAGCAAAAGCAGUUGGAGAAAUCGCGCAAAGUCACGCCGAAAUCGAUAUUUUCGCUGCCGUUUCGUGAUUGCCCGCCCGGCCAUCAGCUCUUCCAGUCGCGCUGCAUACCAACCGUGAACAUCAAUCAGAGUGAUUUGCUGACGCAGCAAGUGCUGGGCUUGUUUGUGGGCAAUGAGGGUACAGCAAGCAGCGACAAUGCAUACGAAUUUGAUUAUGAGGACGAGGAGUAUGGAUUGGGAUAUGGUGAAGGCGAACCAGCGGUGAUGUAUGAGUCGGCACAGUCUUUCAACGCCGGCUCAGCUGCUGGGUCGGGGAAUGCACAGCAGCCGCCUGCACGCGAUGAACCGCUGAAAUUUAAUCUGUUUCAACAAAAGUAUCCAACAAAUGAUUACGAAGCGGAUGUUAGUAGUGGCGCGGUGGAAGGGAGUGGAGGUGCUCGCCCAUUAAAUGAAAUGCUGCCAGCGAAUAUGUCUGAAGGCGAUCGCAUUGGCGGAGUUGCUAGCAAUGACAAUUAUGCAGGCACACCAUUUUUCAAUACCACACAGCUUUUAGAUGCGGUGCAGGGUUUUUUUCAAAGGCAUUCCGCGACAAGCAGCGGCAUCAGUAGCGCCAACACCACAACGGCUAACGCCAACACAGCCGACAACAAUAAUCGCUUUACCAAUGCGAACAGCACCAACAGCCACAGAGUGAGCGAUUUGCAUGCGGCUAGUAGCAACAUAUCGGCCUUUGCAGUCGGUGACAUCGAUGCGAUUAUAUUGUCGGCCGCUAGCUCAGGCAUAUCGGCAACAACGGUGAGAAGUAGUGGUGGUGGUGUUGGUGGUAGUGCUGUUGGUGGUGACCUUGAACCGCACCGCAUAUCACUUUUCAAGGACGAUAGUAGUGUACAGCUGGUUACAACGGUAAUUGCCCAUUCGAACAACAGCAACCACACAAGCAAUGAAGGCGCAAUGCGCGCCAAGGAUGGAGAUUUGGUAGCAGCUGCACAACAGCAACAAAACAGUUUUGCACAAUUUUUACGCGCCGAUGCGCUCUUGCCCUUGAGCAGUGUUGCUCCAUACAUUACAACAACAACAACGUCUACAUCGACAUUUAGAGCAGAUGCUGCUGGUUAUGCCACGAAAACACCGCCGCCGGCCACAAAAGAUGAACGCCCACGCAGCGUGAUGCAGCAUAAUUCGGCUGAAGCCGCAACCAAUACCGAUGCGCAGGAGCUGAGCUUCACGACGACUACAGAAGCUGAAGGCACCACAAGCUUUCAAAUCGACGACACGACGGUGGUCGAGGAGAAUGCUGAGUUCGCCAAUGCGCCGGAGGGCACCUCCUUACUGGAAGCAAUUUCGAAGCAGCAGCAAUUGGAGUUUCAGAAAUCGAAAGUAGAACCGGUUGAAGAUUUGGCGCCAAUAACAGCAACUACACUCAACGAGGAAACAACAACAGCUGGCGACAGCACAACAACAACCGAAACAACCAAAACAAUUGUAAACGAAACAGAUGAAACAACAACAACAACAACUACGACGACGAAACAAGCACUCGAAGUGAGCGAAAAAUCGGUAGAAACAACAACACGUGCAGAUACAACAACACAACCGUUACCCAAUGCAGCCGCAUUGCCAUCGAAAAUAGUCGCAACCACUACUGCAAAAACAAUUUUAACAACCACACCAAACACGAACCGGUUGCGCAGUACUCCCGUCGCUGCCGUCACACCAAUCCAAGUGGCAGCAGGUAAACAAGUAUCGGCCGCAGUCAACUCAGUUGCCCCUCAAGCCGCAAACAUAAUUGCCGGAGAGGAGACAGCGACGUCAAGCACCGACAUCGUGAGUGAUGUGCCGAGGAGUGGCAACGGCGAUUUAGUGAAUGUCGUUGCUGCCAGCAGCGGUAUUAACAGCGACACCAAUAAUGACAACAAUAAGAAUAACAACAAUAAGGAAUCGCCAACACGCAGUAAGACGGCGGAGGCAGCGGCAGCAACGAGUGUAAUAAAUAUCCAACAAGAAUUGCGAAUGAUUAAUGAAUUGGUGAAGGGCAAUCGACAGUUGGCCGCGACGAAAAUGCCAACUAUAAAGACAACAGCAUCAAUAGCAACAGCGACUUCUACGCUGCCAACUGCAAUUGAACCAAAAUUGGAUUUGAAAAAAUCUGCAAAUGUAGUGGAGAAUGAACAGAAUGUGAGUCGCGCGGAAACGGCCGGUGAGGGUGAGGUUGAGGAGAGGCGUGAUGUUGAUGCAGCGACAAAAACUCAGCUAGCCGCAAUAACAGCUGAAGACAAAAUGCUGGACAAGGUGUCCGUGUCCGUGACUGGUGGCAACGAAGACGAGGGUCUACAAACAACAACAGGAGCUGGCGGGACCACAACAGCCGCACCACAAGCACAGACAGCAACUAAAAUGGAAAGUGGCAGUACGCUAACAGAGGCCACAACUGUGGAAAACAUUAAAACUGCGGCUGCGCUUGGUGAGAUCAUUGAGCUUGCGACAACAACAAGUGCACAACCUUAUUUCGAGACCGAGACCGAGGCCACGGCGGCAAGCACAGAGGCAACCGGUGGGACACUUUGGUCGCGGAUUAUGCCUUUAUUUGGCUUUGGUGCCAUUCCACCGGCAGUGGAAGACGAAGCCAAAGACGAAGCCGAAGCCGAAACCGAAGCAACAGCAGCAACAACCACAACAAUAGCAACUACACCAGAGGAAUUUUCUGGAAGUUCUUCAUUUGGUAGUAUUAGUAGUAAUAGUAGUGAUAGUACACAAAAUAGUCACAGUAGUAGUAGUGUUAGCAGUAGUAGUACUUUAAGUGAUAUUAGUAGCGUUAGUGAGAAUGUUAAUAACAACAAUAUAAUUAGCAAUAACAACAAUUUUGUUAGUCAUAGUCGCCGAAAUAGUAAAAUUAUACGAAUUGAUCAGCUUAGUGAUGAUAGUGUGCCAGCAGCAACAACAAACACGCUCGAAGAUACAGCAGCUACAAAUAUGUAUACAACAACAACAACAGCAACAGCUGAAGCGGAACAGUCGACCUAUUGGUGGUUACCAACCGGUUGGCGUACCAAUCGGGACGCGAACAAAGAACAAUCACUACUGUUCCGCCUGUGGUCAGCAUUUCCCGAGAGUCAAAUGAAAGCCAAAGUUAGAACAUAAACCCUUAAAUUUCCUCCACAAGUAAAUAUGUACGUACCACCUGUGUGACCUGUGUAUAACGUGUACAAAAAAAAUAAAACAAACAAAAAAUAAAUAAAUAGAGGAAAGUUGGCAAUUGAGCAAGAAAUUAGUGAACAAUUUUUUAGUGAAUUUUUUAAAAGCUUUUUUAGUACCAUUUCAAGGGUAGUGAAGCGGGCAAAGCAAAAGCUGUCAUUGAAAGGGGCGAGCUUUUUCCGAAGAGCACUCGUACAAAUUACCUACAUAUACCAAUAAACAAAGUUAAGUAAAGUAAAAAAAUAGAAAAUAAAAAAAACAACAAUAACAAAGAUAUGUAUCAACAAAUUAACGCUUAGUAACAUAAAGACCACUGAAAAGAACAAAAAUAGAACAUUUUUAAAUAGCUAAAUAGUACACAUCAUAACUUGUAUUGCGGAAAUUUGACGAGGGCACGAAUGAAGAGAGUUCGGUCGGAAGUUAGUGCAGGGAAAUGUGCGCCAAAGAAUAUUCUUAGGAAGUAAAUGGAUUUCACUUUUUGUAUGAGCAACAUUUCAUUCAGUUUUGAAAGCUGAAACUCGACUAUAGCCGCUAAAGCUUUAACAUCGGGUAACUACUAUCACACAAAUUUUGGUUUUAUACGGAGCCUGUGUGCGCGAAAGUUGGUAAAGAUAGGGGUCGGUACUUGAGUAUAAAAUUGACAGAAGAGGACUGGAGGAUAAAAAAAUAGAAUACAGCUAGCAAGGCAAGCUAGAAGAGGUUGGUAAGUCUCUCUUAGUGUGUGCUGCUCAAUUCUCAUAGCUCAAAGUUGGUAGAAUAUAAAGAUGAGCCGCUUGAGAUUGUAGACAUUGCCAAAAGCGCGUCGCUAAAUGAGUAAAUUGGGUUAGAGCGACCGACUAGAGGUGGUUAAUGGGGCCGGAUGAUCCCUUAUAGUAGCUGAAACUCUUCACUUUAAUGUGAGAAAAUAUAGAGAUGAUGCACUUGAUUUUCAAAAUGUUGGUAUAUGGUUGUUUCUAGAUGGAUAAAUGGAGUUAGAGAUGUAAGCAAGAAAAAUUUAAUGCAUCCAGCUGAACCCUCGUAGCGUGUGCUGCUUUAUUUCUCAUGGACCAAAGUUGGCAAAAUAUAGAGAUGAAGCGCUUGAGAUUGAAAAUAUUACCAAAGGCUGUUUGCGAAAUUAGUAAAUGAAGUUAGGGAGGCAGCCUAGAGAAGGUUGGUGGGUCCGGCCCUGCUUCGUAGCUUAAAUGAGAAACAAUAUAGAGACGAAGCGCUUGAAUUUGAAAAUAUUAGUAAGGACUCGUCUCUAGAUGGGUAAAUGUAGUUAGAGGGGCAAGCCGGUAAAGUGUUGCAUGUCAAGCUGAACCCUCAUAGGUAGCGUUACUGAACAUUUAUACGUUAAAGUUGACGGAAUAUUUAGAUGAACCGCUUGAAUUUCAAAAUAUUACUUUGAAACUCGUCUCUAGGUGGGUAAAUGGAGCUCGAGUGGUAAGCUGGAAAAGUUGAAUGAAGCCAGUUGAACCCUCAUGGACAGCAUUGCUAAACUUUUAUAAAGUCGACGAAGUAUAGGGAUGAAGUGGUUAAGAUUUAAAAUAUUUGUAUAAGCGCGUCGCUAAAUUGGUAAAUGAAGUUAGGAAAGCAGGUUAGAAGAAGCUAGUGGUUCCCGCUGAACCCCUAAAUGUCCGUAGGAGGCACCGCUGAAUUUUCAUAGCUGCAAGUUGUCGAAAUAUAGAGAUAAAGCGCAUGAGUUUCAAAACAUGAGCACAGUUUGGUCGCUAAAACGGCCGAAUGGAGUUAGCAAAGCAGGCUAGAGAUUGCUAGUGAGUGGGUCCUGCCACGCCUACAUAGCGGGCGUUAAAUACUUUCAGCACUAGUGAAAAUCUCUAAGGCACACCCUGGGGCCCAUGUAAUGGCUUAUAGCUGUGAGUCAUAUAUAUUAGUUAACCAACGCUGUGGCUGACAUGAGCGGCCACGUAUUGUCAUUUGUAGCUCUAAAUAAAGGAUUCAGGCGUACCAACUGUGCUUGAUUUGUUUUUCUUUUCUAAAAACAAAUUCAGUAAGCCCUUUACGCAAUGUGAAUCCUAGUUAGGGUGCACGC